AUGGUGUCUGCGGCAGGUGUCAUUCUCAGCGCCGUCCUUGGUGCUUCUGCCAGAAGACUCCAGGUCCAACUUGUGGGAAAACAGUUCGGCAGAACCUGGGAUAGAGUGCCUGGCUACGCUUUGUCCAUCGGUGCAUUUUUGGGUGGUUAUGUUAUCUGUGACCACUUUGUCCAGAGAAAUAGACACUUAUUAAACAGAAGGUUGGCUCAAUUACGUGAACAGAGAGCUCAGGUCGAUGCAUUCCAUGAGUUCGACUUGGAUGGCGACCACAGAAUUACUGCCUCAAAGAGAACACGCAAGUUCUUCGAAUUGUUCGACAAGUACGGACAGGACUAUAAAUAA